AUGUUCAUCCUGAGCCGCGACCGCCUCACGAUGGACCUCGACACCGCCACCCUCUCACAGAUGCUCGCCCUGCUGGACUCGGACACGCGGCACGGGGACGGGGGCGGGGAGGCGACGCGGGAGGGCGGGCGGGGCGGGGCGGCGUACGAGCGCGUGCGCGGCAAGGUGCGGGAGCUGUGCGGGAUGAUGCAGCGAGGCGGGCACGUGAAGCAUCUAGACCUCGAUCGCAUAUCCACGAGUUACAUCGCCAUGGAGACGCUGCUGGGGUUGACGUCGCGCAAGGCGGGCGAGUGGUUCAAGACUGAGCUGCGCACGCUGGGCGGCCUCGACCACAUCAUCACUACCAUGAGCAGCUGUGCGGAUUUCCUCGAUGACGAGUGUGAGGAGCCGAGCGAUCUGCAGAUCGAGAAAAUACGCAAGAUCGACCGAUGCAUGCGCGUGCUCGAGAACGUGAGCUACAUGAACACGGAGAACCAACAGUACGUGAUAUGCUUCAAGCAGAACAUGCUGAUCCUUGCCAUGACCAGGGUGCUGGGUCAGUGUCAGCGAUGCAUAGAGUCGGUCGGUGAGCACGAUUCGCAGGCGAGCGAGUAUCGGGCAAGCAACGGUGCUGCCAUCUUCGACUGCCUGCUGUCCGUACUGAGAGUGUUUCUCAACAUCACGCACGACAACGAGGUGGGCAGCAUCAAGGUGGGUCAGCAGACAGGCCUCAUCAAGACACUGCUGCUGUGUGUGCUCCAGGUGCCCCAGUACGUGCCGACGGACAAGCGAUUCGACCUGCUAGUGCUG